CGGGCGGCUCGCCUGUUUAUUAUUGUGCCGUUUUACCGUGAAAAGCCAUGCAAAUAAACGGCCAGAAGGUCUGCCUCGCCUUUCGGAGGCACUAUGGCACCAGCCUGGCGAAGAAUUGCGCGUCCGCGAGCAGUGUUAGGCAGCACUUCUUGGAUUUCUUCCUCAGCAGCAACCACAAGUUCGUGCGGUCAAGUCCGGUGGUUCCCUUCUGUGAUCCCACGCUGGCCUUCGUAAACGCCGGCAUGAACCAGUUCAAAGGCGUGCUGCUGGGACGCGAGACUCCGCUGCACAGACGCGUGGUCAACAGCCAGAAGUGCGUGCGUGUCGGCGGGAAGCACAACGAUUUGAAUGUGGUGGGAACGGACGGGUAUCACCACACAUUCUUCGAGAUGCUGGGCAACUGGUCGUUCGGGGACUACUUCAAGGAGGAGGCCUGCCGCCUGGCAUGGUCACUCAUUACAGGGCCGCUGCAGAUCAACCCGCAGAGACUUUACGUGACAUACUUUGGGGGAAAUGAGAGACUAGGAUUGCCUGCCGAUGCGGAGUGCAUUGAGAUCUGGCGCAGUAUCGGACUGCCUCAGGAGAGAAUUUUGCCCUUUGGCAUGGAGGAGAACUUUUGGGAAAUGGGACAAACGGGUCCCUGCGGCCCCUGCUCUGAGAUCCACAUCGAUCACACGCUCCAGACCGGCAACAGAGCCUUGUCCGUGAACAUGGGCCUGGCAGACCUCACGGAGCUGUGGAACAUCGUCUUCAUUCAGUACAACAGAGAGGAAGAUGGCACGGUUUCUACGCUUCCCGAGCGUCAUGUAGACACAGGAAUGGGAUUCGAGCGUCUGGUGGCCAUUCAGCAGGGCUCCAGGAGCAACUACGACACGGAUCUUUUCACACCGCUUUUUGAUUCCGUGCAAAAGGUCGCCAAGUGCGAACCCUACGGAGGUGCUUUCUCAGCCACUGCCGCCACUUAUCAGCUAGACACUGCCUACCGGAUAAUCGCUGACCACUCCCGGAUGAUCCUCGCCUGCCUGGCCGACGGCAUGAUCCCGGAUCAGAACCACAAACUGCGGAGAAUCCUACGAAGAGCCUUGCUGAUCUCCGAGCGCUCCUUCUGCCAGAAGCGCCUCCUGUACGAAAUAAUCCCACGCGUGGCUGAAGUCUUGGGUGACACUUAUCCGGAAAUGCAGUCGCGCCUGCCAGACGUGCUGCAGAUUGUGCGUCACGAGGGCGAAGUGUUCGACAAUCUGCGACAAGCCAGUAGCGAGGAGGUGAAGAAGCUCAUUAAGGAUUUUCCACACCUCGAGGAGCUCGAUGUGUUGGAUUCUCCAGGCUUCGUGCUGGCCUUCGAGGAGCUCCAAAGGCACAAGAUGCACUUCAAAGUGGAGUCCAGCGGCCUUCCGAUCAUUCCCAGUGAUUUACUGUUCAAGUUUUACGACACAUAUGGAUUGGAUCGAGACACGCUUGAGCAUCUGGCAUGUCUCGAGAAGCUCCACAUGGACUUGGCGGCGUUCGAGGAGCACCUGAGAGUGGCCAAGCGGAAAUCGAUGGUGACCAGGAGGAAUGCCAUGAAGUUGCCUGGCCAGGAGAUUGUGAAACUGCCAGAAACCGACACUGAGCCUAAAUAUCAAUACUCAUAUGAUCAGGAGGCGCAUACAUAUCGCGUCCCACCUGUACAGGCGAAGAUCCUGGCCAUUGUGGUGGAUCGGGAGGCUGUUCAGAGAGCGGAGGAUCUGCCUGAAGGAGAUUCCGUGACAGUUGUCUUGGACAGGAGUAAUUUCUACCACGAAAGUGGCGGUCAAGAAGCAGAUUUCGGUGUGAUUGUGUUGGCCAGUGGCGUAGAGAUGCCCGUCAAGGGCGUGGAGAAUCUCCAGAACCGCCUGCUGCACACUGUGUCCUGGAAAGAGGGAGCCAAGCUCUCACUGGGCGAGUCUGUGACUCUCACCGUCAACUCUGAAGCUCGCUCUGGAAACAUUCUUCACCACACUUCCACUCAUUUGCUGAAUGCGGCCGUUCGGAGGAUCACUGAAGGUGUGGUUUAUCAGAGAUCCAGCUCCGUCACGAGUACUGGGAUGAAGAUGGAGUUUGGUGUGUACGGACAGAAAAAACUAGACGUGGAGAAUCUGGAGAGAGUUCAAGAAGUUGUGCGGAGCGCCAUUGCGAAGGCGAUUCCGCUGAACAUUACGACAAUCGACUCACAGGAGCUUCUGCGGCGCAAUCAGGAGAUCACGAUGGUGCCUGGAGAGGUGUAUCCGGAUCGAGGACUGAGACUUGUGGAGAUUUUGCAUGAGGGCGGUGAUCUCCAGUCACGAGAGCUCUGCUGCGGAACUCACGCACGAAAUACGCGGGAACUAGAGGACUUCUGUCUGACCAGCGUGAAAUCCGUGGGCAGGGCGUCGUAUAUGGUGUCAGCAGUGGCGGGAAAGGCGGCGAUCAGGGCGCAAGAGAUGGGAAGACAGAUGACUGAGGACGUGCAGGGCAUCAAGAGGGAUCUGGAGACGGGAAAGCAGCAAAUCGAGCAUCUGGAGGCUCGUGUGCAUCGCCUCAAGAAUGUCCUGCAGCACGGUUUCCAGGAGAAUCUCAUAAUCCCGCACACAGUCAAGGUGUCGUCGCUGGACAUCCUGAAUGGCAUCGCCAAGCAGAUUCGCAGUGUCACGCGCGAGACUCUAAAGGAGUUCAUUGAGAUCGAGAUGAAGAACGUACUGGAGGACAAUCCGUCGGAUCAGAGUCCAUUUAUCGUGCACUUCCUCUCCAGUGCGUCGCUGAUGGAGAGUGUCUCUCUGCAGAAGGCCACGAGACUGUGCCCAGAUCGCCCGAUUCUGGUCAUUUCCCUCACUGGUGGUGAGAUCAAAGCCCGCUGUUGUGUACCUGAGAAGUGCGUCACGAAAGAAUUCACCGCUGACCUGUGGCUGCAGGAAGUGAGCAGAGUGUUCAAGUCGUCGUGCGCCGCGCCCAAAGGUCAGGAUGGCAACUUCGUGUGCAACAUGAAGGCCAAGAAGAUCAAGCUAUCGGCUGUGGAUUCCCAAUUGGAAACAGCUCUCACCUUCGCCAGAGACUACGCUUCCAGACUCAUGCCGCGCUGACCAACAAAGUCCACCAU